AUGGCAGAUGCGCUGUGCGGUCCUUCGAAUGCUCUCCAGAGCUUCCAGAAACAUACAUCUGUAGAUAGAACGCUUCAACAAGACCGUAUUCUUUCUCGCCACUCGCCUGCUCAAGGCUUCCGGUCACAAAAUCAUAAUGAAGGUAUUCUAGACCGAGAUUUCAACGCCUUUGAAGCGGGUGUUUCCGGCGCUCCACUCUCUGAUAUCCAACAUCCUGCAUCAGUUUUGGGACCAGCACCACAACAUUUGGCUUUCAAUCAUACAGAGAAUUCUGGAUGGGCGUCGGAUUUCCAAAAUCUACAAAUAUCGAGUCCGGCUCAACAUGUACCUCCUCAACAAUUUCGCGCAAAAUCCUCUUCUAGCAGCUGGAAGAAUGAAAUUAUGCAGAACACCUUUCAAACACCCCAAACAGAAGCAGCCCAAAUACAAAUACCUCAGGCACCCUUUAGAUACGGUCCAGCUCUAGGGGGGAUGGGUUUUGGUGGCAUGAAUGACUACCCAGUGCACCAAGAUGAAUCCCAAUCCCAUUUUCAGCGUCAUGAAGAAGAAGCAAUAUUUGAUGAAUCUGCUUUCGAAACAGCUUUUGCGGAAGUGCGAGCGGAGGUGGAGCUUCAAGAACGGCAGUUGCAAAACGGAGAAGUCAUAGAACGAAUGGAGGCUGAGCAGACAGUUAGAAUAGGUGCGGACACGAUCCAACCGCAAGUUAACGGGUCGGAUGAAUCAGAUGAGCUUGCAAGGACGGCCGGACAAUUACUCGACAGUGUCAGUCAUGACCAGAGCCAGAAGUUCAAAGAAAGCAACUUCCUUGCACUAAUGCGGCAACUCCGCGAUCGCGAAGUCACCGUUGACGGCGAUGAAUUCCGCCAAACGACACAGGCCCUGCACCCCGGUGGCCAAUAUUACCCCGAACAGAAAAGACCUCAACAAAUCGAUGCUGAGGGUACUGUUACUACUCCUCCACAUAGCACGAAAAACAUAACCGGCGACGGAAUCGGUCCCUCGACGUAUUUCGAACAACCUACAUCUUUGUAUCCGAAAUCAAGGGUGCCCUAUGACACUCCCGAUGCACAUUGGUCUGUCUAG